AUGCCUCCUCACGAAGGUCUAGUUCAUCCCAAAGAGUACGACAUCAAAGACAGCAAUGUGGAGCUGAUUGGAUCCGACCUCGACCACCGCGUCAAAUACAACUCCGCCGCCAGCGAACCGGCCUGGAACAACGGCAAGAUCGGGCAGGAACCGGGACUCUUCAUCUGGCGGAUCGAGAACUUUGAGGUCAUUCCGUGGCCUAAGGAGCGUGCGGGGGAGUUCUACGAUGGCGACAGCUACAUCGUGCUGCAUUCGUACAAGGUCGGAGACAAACUGAGCCACGACGUCUUCUUCUGGCUAGGCAGCAAGACAACGCAGGACGAGGCGGGCACGGCCGCCUACAAAACAGUCGAACUGGAUGAGUUCUUGCACGGUGCAGCGACGCAGCACCGCGAGACGCAGGACCAGCCUUCGGAAGAAUUCCUGUCGCUCUUCCGCCAGGUCUUUAUCCGGUCGGGCGGCGUGCGCUCGGGAUUCACGCAUGUGGAGCCCGCUGCCCCGAAGGAGGUGCUAACGCUGCUCCGCAUCUUCAAACACCCACGCGCGAGCCGCUCAAUCAUCGUGUACGAAGUCGAGCCGACAUGGGAGAGCCUCGACGAGGACGAUGUCUUUGUGUUGGAUAAGGGUGAUAAGAUCUGGGUGUGGCAGGGUAAGAGCUGCAGCCCCAUGGAGAAGGCCAAGGCGGCCCAGGUGGUCAACGACAUGAUACUAGCGAAGCACGUUGAUGUCGAGGUUCUGUCGCAACUCGAGUCGCGUUCCAGCGUCAUCGUGGGCCUGCUGGGUGGUCGAGAGGCGAACCAAACCGCCUUCCGAGCCCCGCGGCCGGGGCGCUUCUCUAAGCAGGCGACGGAGGACAUUCAAUCUCGACCGCGGAAGUUGUUCAAACUCAGCGAUGCCUCAGGAACAAUGUCGUUCGACCUUGUCAAAGACGGGCAGCGAGUUAGCCAGCGUGAUCUUGAUGGAAAUGAUGUCUUCCUUUAUGACGCCGGUAAUACGCUGUGGGUCUGGCAGGGCCAGGAGGCCAGUGAGCGAGAACGCGCGUUGUGGCUCAAGGUGGCCCAGCACUAUAUCCGUCAGCUCCAAGAAUCCAUCCCAGACGCGUACCUCACCCCGAUUGCCAAGGUCGUGCAGGGGUAUGAGGGUCCUGGGUUUUUGAAAGCACUCGAAGCGUAA